AUGAAAGUUAAAAAAAUUUAUUCUAAGAUUAAAGGAAAUAGAAAAUAUAAAAGUAAAAAGAAUAUUGAUGCAAGUUUUCAAUUAAAUAAUGAAGAUAAUAUAAUUUUGAAUAAUGACACAAAAUGUUUUAAUAAUAAUUUUAAUGAAAUAAAGGAAUCAAAAAUUAAAAAAAAAAGAUUGGGUAUAGAAGAUUUAGAAUCUACUAUAUCUCAUGAAAAUUACUAUAAUGAUAAUAUAAAUAAAAUUAAAAAUUAUGAAAACAAAGUAACAGAAGAAAAAAAUAACCAUGAAGAUAUAAGCAAUGACUAUAAGAUAGAUAAUUUUUCUGAUGAAUUAUUAAAAAAAAGGAAAGGUUUAAUCAAUAGAAAAAUGAGUAAUUGCAUUUUUAAUGAGAAUAUGAAUUCUCAAGAUAAAGUUAAUGAAGAGAAAUUAACUGAAAAUAAACUAUUAAAUUAUAAAAAUUUUAGUUAUAAUAAUAGUUUGAAUAAUUUAAAAAAUAUAGGAAAUGAAGAAAUACAAAAGUUAAAUGAAAAUAAAAAUGGCAAUUUGAUUGAUGAUCUUUUAAAUAAAUCAAAAAUGUACAAUGAAAAUAGCAUUGAAAAUUUAAAUAGUGAAGGAAAUGCAUUGCAUAACAGUAAUAUUAGUAAUAAUAAUGGUAUUUCAAAUAAUAAUUUUUAUCAUUAUAUAUCAUUACUUUAUAACAAGAACAUACCCAAUCAAGUUAAUAUAAAUAAUUCUUUUGUUAAUAAUAAUACGGAUUAUUUAUGUAACUUUUCUAAUAUUUCUGUACAAGAAGAAUCAAGCUUAAAUGAAGUUUCAAAAAAUGAAAUUCAAGAAAUUAAUUCAUUAGAUUGUAUACUAGAUAAAAAGGACGAGAAAAAUUAUAUGAAACAAAAAAAAAAUUUAAAAGAAAAUUAUUUUGUUUUGAAUAACUUGCCAUAUUGUAUGAAUAACAAAAAAAGUAGUAAUAACUGCACAUUAGCAAAUUAUAUAAAAAAUUCAUCAGACCAUUUUUUAGAUUCUAAUAAUGAUAAUUAUAAUUAUGAAUUAGAUGCAAAUAAUACAUAUAUAAAUAAUUCUAAUGUAAAUUUAAAUAAGCAUUAUAUGAAUACAGUAAAUAAUAAUAAUUAUGAUGUGAUGAAUACUAAUUCAACGCUCAGUUUAGAUACAACCUUUCUAAAUAAUUAUGAUGAUGAUAAUAAGAACAAUUCUUUAUAUAAUAAUAGAAGUGAGUUAUAUAAUAUGGAUAAUAAUUUUGAUAAAACAGAAAAUAUAUAUAUGGAGAACAAUGAUUCACUAAAUAAUACUGACAUUUUAAAUACAUUUAAUUAUAACAAUUUUAUAAAUGUAGGAAGUAACCAUAGCAAUAACAGUAAUAAUAAUUUUAAAAAUGCAUUAAACUUAAAUGACUCAGAUAAUUCUAUAAAUUGUUCUAAUUAUAAUCUAGUAGAAAAGAAAAAAAAAAUUUUUAACAAAUUUUCGGAAAAAAAUAAUAUUUUUAUGGAUUCGAAUAUGUGUAAUAGUGCAAAUAAUAGUAGUAAUGGUAGCUAUAGUAAUGUUUUACUAGAGAUAAACAGGAAUGCUACAAGAAACAAAAAAGUUGAUAGAAAUAAUGUUCACAAAAAAGAUAUUAUAUUAAAUGAUGGUAAUAAUACAUCAGAAAAUAUGAACAAUUUAAAUGAUAAUAUGAAAAAUAUAUAUAAUCCAUCGAAUGCACAUCUUAAUUUGAAUACACAUCCUAAAUUAUUAGAAGAAAAAUAUUCUACCAAUAAGCCCAAUGAAGAUGUAUCUUUUAAUAAUAUAAAUGGUAAUAAUAGAAAUUUUAAUUGUAUUGAAAAUAGUAAUUAUAAUAAUGAUUUAAAUAAUUAUAAUAUAGACAGUAAAUAUAAUAUUAAUGAUGCAUUUGAUGUAAAUAUGUAUAAUUCUGUUUCUGUUAAUAAUAGCAAGGAUAAAUUAAAUAAAAAUAAUUCUAAUAUUCAUAAUAUAAACAUGAAGGAUCUUAAUGUUAACAUAAAUUUAGAUAAUUACUCAAAUGAUUUAGUAAAUAAUUCCUUAAUUAAUCAUUCAAAGGAAUAUUUAAGUAACUCUGUUAUGGAUAAAAUAGAUAAUCAAAAAGUUCUUUUUAAUAUUAAUAACAAUCAAAUUAAUAAUAUAUCAAAUCCCUUAGAUAUUAAUCAAGAAAAUUAUAAUUUUUCUAAAAAUAAUAUAUCAAACAGUGCAUCACAUAUGUAUAAUUUAAAUAAUGGAGAUAUAAAUGAAUCAAGAAAUAUGGCAAAUUAUAAUGUUAAAAAUUUAGCAAGGGAACCUAUUUUUCUUUUUGUUAAUUUAAAUAAUCAAUCCAAUAAUUCUAUUAACAAUUCUAAGAAUUAUUCCAAUGUAAACUUAAAUGGGGGAUACAUUAAUAAUAUGAAUUUUUUUGGAAAUACAGAAAAACCUAAUAGUGAAAAUGAUUAUGAUUAUAUGAAUCAGACAAAUAAUAAUAAUUAUAACAAUGAAUGGUUACAUGGUUUGAAAAAUUAUCCUUCAGAAGAAAAUAUUGAAUAUCCAGUUAACACAAAUAAUAAUUUUAAUAUUGGAAAUUGUUCAAUGAAUAAUAUUAAUCUUAACAGAAAAUCUAUGAUUCCUACAUUUAAUAAUGCUUAUGAUAAUUUUUUAUCAUUCAAAAAUUAUGAAAAUACAAUGGAAAAUCAUGUAAAUAAUUUAAAUAUGCUUGUUUUACCAAAAAUUAAAGGAGUUCGUUUUGAUAAGUCAGGCAGAAGAUGGGUAGCUAGCUGGAGUCAAAACGGAAAUCAAAAAAGACAAUAUUUUCCUGUUAAAAAGUUUGGUCAAGCACAAGCAAAAUAUUUAGCUAUUUAUGCUAGAAUAAAAGCCGUUAAAUAUAUGCAAAGAAAAUCGCAUAGAUCUGGAGAAAAUAGAAGAAAUCACUCAAAAAAAUUAUUAAUGAAAGAUAAAUCUAAAACAGAUAAUUUGGAUGAUGAUAAUUAUUUUAGCAACAAAAAUGGUGAUUAUAUAGAAAAAGAUGCAGAUGAAGAAAAUAGUCAAAAUUAUAAUUAUAGUAAUACUAAUAAAAAUGAAAUUUCAUAUAAAGAUUCAUAUAAUGAAUCUAUAAGGAAAAAUUAUAGUAGAUGUAUGAAUGAACUAAAUAAUGAGAUGAAAUUUGAAAAUGUAUCUUUGAAUAAGCAUGAAGAAGUUGAAAAAUAUCUAGAAAAUAAUGGACAAAUAUAUCAACAUGGGCAAUCAAAUGCAAAAGACAAGAAUCAACAUGAUAUAGAAAAGCAGUUAUCUGCAUCAAAAGAAAAUAAGGGUCCUAUUAGUAUGCAAACUAUUCAUGAUGUUAAAAGUGAACUAUUUCAUUUAAAAGAACAAACACAUGCUGAAUUUGAAAAAAGAGAAAGAUUUUUUGAACAAAGUGAACAAAUAGAUACUCAAACCGAAGAUUUAAAUAUAAAAGGAAAUAAAACUGGAAGUAUAACACCUCAAAAAAUAAAGAAUAGUGAUCAAGUAAAAUAUAAAGAAGAGAAAAAUGUAAGAAUUGUUAAAAAUGAAAUAGAAGAAGAAGAUGCACAAGAUAUGGAAAUGAAGGAAGUAUAUGAAAAUGAUGAAGAAAAUAAAGUAAAAAGAGAAAAGAAAAUAAUUAUAUUUAAGGAGGAAGAAAAUCAGAUAGAUAUGAAAAAUUUAGAUGUAAAAAAUAAAAUGGAUCUUGAACAUGAAUUUGAAAUUAAAAAAGAAGAGGAAGAAGAAAGUGAAGAUGAACAGCGGCAAGAUGAAGAACAAGAUCAAGAGUAUGAAAUAAAAAAAGAACAAGAAGAAUACGAGGAACAAAAACAGGAAUGCGAAAUAAAAAAAGAACAAGAAGAAUAUGAAGAUCAAGAACAAGAAUGUGAAAUAAAAAAAGAGCAAGAAGAAGAAUAUGAAGAACAAGAACAGGAAUGUGAAAUAAAAAAAGAACAAGAAGAUUUUGAUGAGAGAGAACAAAAAUAUGAAGUUAAAAAAGAACAAGAAGAAGAAUAUGAAGGACAAGAACAGGAACAACAAUACGAAGUAAAAAAGGAAAAUUACGAACAACAGCGAAAAGAAGAAAUGUUGUUAAAAAAUAUAAAUACUAUAGGAAGAAAUGAAAAAUUAAUAAUAAAUAUAAAUGAUAAAAAUGAAAUUAAUGAUUUAAAAGAAAUAUUACAAGAAAAAAAAAACUUAGAUGAGGAUUUAAUGAAUCAAAUAUUAAUAUUAGAAAAAAUAAAAAAAAAAAUGAUAAAAAUAUUAAUAGAUUCACAAGAACAAAAAAGUAUACAAUUAAUUGAAACUAACGACGAAAUGGUUAAUAAAAAAGAUGAAAUUAAUAAACUAAAAUUAAAUGAAAAAAUUAUGCUACUUAGACAGUUAAAAGAAUAUAAUAGCGGGAGUUAUGUAAUUAAUGAAAAGGAAGAUAUUGAUUUAAUAUAUAAUGAAAGAAAUCUAAAAAAUACUGAUGAUAUAUUAGAAGAUAAUAAAGAAAAUGCUGAUGAAAACGAUAUAUGUAAGGUGGAAAUACAGAAAAUGAAAGAGUGUAGUAAUAUUAUACAAGAAAUAAAUGAAGACUAUAAAGUUAUUAAAGAAGGUAUAAAUGAAGAAUUAAAUUUAAAAAAAAAAAGAGAGAAUUCUAGAGAUAAAAAUGAGAUAAUACUACGUGUGAAGGAAAAUGAAAAAGAUGAGAUAUUUGAAGUUAAUAAGCAACAAAAUAAUUUGUAUACAAAUUAUAAAGUAGAAAAUUUAUAUUUAAACAGCAUGCCGGAUAAGAGUAGAGAUAAUGAUUUUGGAAACUACUCAAAUAAUAGUUUGUAUUAUUCAAAUACAAAUAGUAAUAAAACUAAUGUAGAUAGUGAUAAUUCAAAUUUUAAUGAUUCACCAAAUGGUGAAGAAAAUGAUUUUAAAAAUAAGAUGAAUUUAAUUAAAUUUAUGAGAUCCAACUCAGAUGUAAGCUUGAAUUACAAAAAUAAAGAAUACUCAAAAAAUGAAUAUGUUGGAGAAUACAGAAAUAUAACAGGUGUUAAAAAACAAAAGAGCAUGCAAAACAUAGGUAAUUAUGAAAAAUAUCAUCACUUAGAUAAUAAUAUUUUUAAAAAUAUUUUAAAUAAUAAUAAUAAUUGUGAAAAUAAUGAUAAAAAUUCACAUAAUUCCUCAGAACUAAUUAAAGAAAUGUAUGAUGAUCCAAAUUUUUCUAAUUUUGAUGAAAAUUUACUGAAUUUUUCUUUUAAUUGUAACAAUAAAUCAAAUAUACACAAAGAUAAUUCCAAUGUAAAAGGUAUUUUAAAUGAAUUAAAACAAGAUAAUUUCAAAAAUAAUGAUGAAAACAUAGAAAUUAACAUGAAUCCUAAUAAUUCUUUUAAUACUAUGAAGGGAUUACAUAAUAAAUAUAUAGGUAAUAGUGAUAAUGAGGAUAUAAUAAAUUCAGAUACAUAUAUAAAUGGUCAUUUGGAUGAUAACAAUGAGAAAAAAUUGCACAGUUAUAUUAGGGAAUAUUCCAAAAAUAAAAUUAAGGAAAAUAUAAAUAAUUUAAAAAAAAAAAAUAAUUAUGACAAAAACAAUGAAGAGAAUAAGAGUAUAAUUAUAAAUAAUAUGAAUAUAAUGAAAAAUGAUUUAAAUACCAAGUUCAGUAUAACAAAUAAAAAAUUUGAAAAUGAUAUUUACACUAGUAAUGAAAACAAAGGAAACAAUGAUGAUAACGUAUUAAAUUUAAAAAAAAAAAAUUCAGGAAAUUCAUAUAAUGAUUAUAAUAAUAAACAUAUUAAUGAACAAAAGUAUAACAAUACAUCUACCAAUGUAAAAUGCUUUGACAAAGAUAAUAUUAUAGGAGAAAAAGAUAAUAUUGGGUUAUAUCAUAUAAAUAUGAAUAAUGAAAUAAAACAAAAUUCAUACUUAAAUUUAGAAAUGAAAAACGAAAAAAAAAUCCCUCAAAAUAAAGAACUUAUGUUCUUUAAAACAUAUGGAAAUACAAAUAAAAAUAUUGAUGAAGUUCUUUUAAAUAGUAACAAUAAAAGAAAGAUAUCAAGCUUAAGUUCAUCUUGCAGUAAUAAUGAUGUUAAUAAAAGUAAAUAUAAUGAUACUAGUAUGAGUUAUAAAAAUGUGAAAGGUUUGCCAAAAAAAGAACCUAAGAACUGUAACAAAACUUUAAACUUUGAUAAUAAUUCAGGAAGUAACAUACCAAAUUUUAAAUUUUUAUCAAACUAUAUUAGGAGUAAUUCUAAUAACUUUAUGUUUUAUAACUUUAAUAAAAAUUAUGAGAAUAGUCACAAUAGCGUAAAUUAUGACACUAAUAUUAAUGAUGACAGAAAUUUUAAUAAAAAUAAUGUUAUUAACGGAGUUGUAAAUAGUAAUGAAAAUAGUUGUUUGAAUAAUAAAAUUAAGAAAAACACUCAUAACAACAAUAUAAAUGAUAUAAAUUGUAAUACAAAUAAUAUUAUUGAUGAUAAUAUUAAUGAUAUAAAUUCUGAUAAAAAUAAUAUGAAGUGCCCAAUAAAUAGUAUAAAUGACAAUUCGAAUAAUAUGAAUAGCUAUAUAAAUAACAUUGGGAGCAAUAGUGUGAAAAAUUUAAGUAAAUGUAAUAAAAGUAUGAAAUAUAAUUUAAAUCAUAUUAAUAACCAAGAAAGUAAUUUUAAUAAAAAUGUUGAAUAUAUUUUAGAAAACAGUGGACAAAAAAAUAAGUAUAUAAAUGCACCUUUUUUAUUCUCAAGUGAUUAUUAUAACUCAUUUAAUAUGAAAAAUAAUUUUUGUGAUUCUAAUUAUAAUAAAAGUAAAAAUAAUGCUACUAGUAGCAAUAAUGAUAAUAUUAUCAAUACAAAUAGAAAUAAUGCAUCAAUUAAAUCAACAGUAAAUAAUAUUCCAGGAGGAAUUCCCUUUACGAACUCAAAUUAUUAUACAAAGCAAAAUAUGAAAGAUAAAAAUGGAAAUGAAAGUAGAGAUAUUUUAAAAAUGGAUAAGUUAAAUUCAGGAAAAAACGUAAGUAUGAUUGAUUUAACCGACACAACUAAUAAUUUGAACUACUAUGAUUUUAUGAAUACUAAAAACAGUAAUGAUUAUUUAAAUAUAAAGAAUAAUAAAUUUUCAUUAUCAAACAAAUAUCCAAUUAACAAUAAUAUAGAAAAUUUUAAUACCGAUAUUUCAAAUAAUAUCAUGCAUAAUCAUAUGACAAAUGAAAAUAAAACUAAAACAAAUUAUAAUUUAUGUAAUGAUUAUUUUAACAUUGAUCAUAGAAAUAAUUUAAAUUCAAACUAUAAUUCAAAUAGUGUAAAUAAUAUAUAUAGUUAUAUUUAUAUGUAA